AUGGACUGUGGAAGCGCUGCAACGGCUGCGGGGAUCGACCCCAAAAUUCUCGAUAACUGGCAAACCGACGGUGCCUUUUCUGUCGCCUCGUGGGAACACCUUGGAUACGAUCAACCCCCCGAGUGGGAUACCAGCCAGGAUUCAAGCCAGUGUGCCGAUGUCGCCGACCUAGGCGCCUUUCAUGACCCGCUAACGGGCGCCCUGCUCGAUCGCCCCCGCGAUAUCCAGCAUCUGGACAAUAGAAAUCACGAUGUAACGGAGAACUUCAACUACACCGAUGGCGUCGUCGAGGGCACUGGUAGCGGUACUAUCAGCCCUCGCACGCUGCCCUCGUCGGCCGACGACAACUUCCACGCCGAGGAAACGUGGCCGCACUUUCAACUGUUCAACUCGGUCGCAGCGGGCGUGAACCUCGAGCAUCCUAUGCUCUAUCCAUAUGGCAAAGCCCCGAACAACUCGACCGGCGCGGUCAUUGUGGAGGACGUGGGAGAGAUGCCCCAGGGCCAAGGAUUUUCGGAUGCUUCGGCCGAGGCCAUCAUGUUCCAGCAGAUCCCGCCAUCGUUCCCAAUGAUGGCAGAGCAGUGGCCCGAGAUCCCCCACGGCAUUUCCUUGGACAAUCUUCCUGGCCAAGGACCUAUUCCACUAGCCGUCAACCAGAAUAACUCCAAGAGUCUCAGUCUGCGUGACUUCCAACCAUCUAUUCGAUCCCUCGAGUCCCGAUGGCUCAACAGCCUGGAGUCACAACUCCCCGUGUCGCAGAUGACCUCUGCUCUACACACGUCACAGAAGAACACCCAGACCGCUCAUGAUGGAUUCCAGUACAAGUCCGAAAGCUCCUCAGUUUCGGGCGAUAUUUCAGGAAUCUACGAGUGUUCGUACUCCGCUACGAGCGACGACGCCCCGGCCUUUGCUGCAGAUCGCCAAUUGGAAGAUGAUGCGCAGUGGAAGAUUCCCACUCCCGACGCAAGUUCCCCGGAAAGUGCACCGUCGAUGGCCAAGGCCACUGCGUUCAUGGUCAGCGAGACUUCUCCCGAAUCCCUCAUCAGCACGAUCCCCUCGCGAUCUCGGGCUUCCUCGUCUGCUGGUCAACGCCCAUCAGGCCGCCCCAUGGCUCUUGCCAUGCAGUCUGUGGCUACAGUGCGGAAGCGCAAAAACCGCUCCACCGGGUCCUCCAUGGAUCAGGCUCUGCCAAAGCCUUUGCAGAUUGUUCAAGAGGAUGGCCAAGGCGGGUCCAUUGCGUCUGCAGACUUUGUGUCCCCUCCGCGAGGCGCUCGCCGCAAGGGUCCGCUGAGCAUGGUCGGGCGCGCUAAUGCUGGCCUGCGCCGUAAGAACAAGGACACCUGUGUCCAGUGUCGGCUGAACAAGCGCAAGUGUGAUGGAAGUUCACCAUGCGAUGCCUGCCGACCCACUCUCAACGAGCAACCCUGCGCUCGUGCGUGCUUCUCUAGCAUUGUCGAGUUUGGAACCUGCAACUACAUCUCUCAACGAGCUGUCAACCACCCAACAUUGGAUGGCACUGGCAGAGUUCGGAUGGAGAUUCCAUCUGAAUUCGACCUAAGUCAACUCUUGUCUUUCCUCAACGAGCGCCAGGGACGGUUCAACAUCCGCGCCAGCCAGGGAUGGGGCUCGCUGUAUGUUCUUGACCUCGGUGAGACUCAGAAGUUCCUCAAGAGCCUGAGCGAGUACAACGGCAACUCCAAAUCGACUUUCCUGGAUUUCAUUGAUCGUCGCAUCAUUGAAUCUAAGGACAAGUCUAAGAAUUGGUUGUCAUGCGUCAAGGACUGCGACCCAAUGGCCCAAGCCUAUACUUUGCUUUCGCGAUGGAACAACAUGCCUUCCCGCGCUAAAUACACCUUCGUGCCCCUUGACGGCAACGGAGAAGAACGCCCCAUGGACAUCAACAAUCCGGAAGAGCGACGCGACAUUCUGCUGGCCGCACAACUCUCCCGCAUCAUCUGCCGCAUGCUCGAAGUGGAGGGCUUCCGCAAACUCGAGCGCGACUUCUACAACAUCAAGUGGAAGCAAAUCUCGCACGAGACGCACAUCCGCUUCCUGGGCGAAUUAGGUCAGAUCCUUCUCACACUGCGUUGGCGCGUGUCGUGGUGGAAGCGCCUAGGUGACGGCGGUCAAGCCCCCGACCCAUCCCAGCAGCACUACAUCGACCGGGUCGACCUCCUAUGCCGCAUCCUGUACGUCUACUACACCUGCGUACUGGCCAAGUUGCCGUCGUGGUCGAUGGCCGAUGUGCCCAAGGGCAUCUGGUCGUCGUACGCGGACUCGGAGAACGCAGUUUGGGAUGACUUCCCAUCUGAUGCCUCCGACGCGGGAUUCCAGGCUUGGCUAGAGCAUGGCCAGGAGCUGAUCGAGCAGGCCGGCGUUCCGGCCAAGGUCUCCAAAAUCUAA